AUGGCAGGGGCACUGCUGCCCAUACUUCUCCACUGGCUUACAGACUUUCUAUAAUAUGAUGCUCAGAGAGCAGGGGUUGCAGCUUUUAUCUAUGCUACAUCGGUGUUCAUCCUGUCAUUCCUCAUCCAUCCGUUUUGAUAUGCCUUCACGCUGAUCUUCCCAAUGUUGGGCACAAGACAGAGCCGUAAAAUCAUCAUGUCCACAUCUGUGAUGAUUGUAGUGCUUUACAUUCUACCCAUCAUGGCUGCCAACAUUGCAACUUUAACACAUGUGGUGAAAUGUGCAUCAGAACAGCUUUCGCAAAGUCCCCGGAGCAGCACAGAGCUCUUCAACACCAUAAAGGACAAUGUAUUCAAAAGAGCAGAGAAGAGUGUGGAAGGUACUUUAGGGCAAAUUCUGCGUGAUUUUGAUCACACUACAAAUAUUAGUGUUUCAGAAGUGAAGGAACAGUUGAAUUUCUGGAGUAAACGAAUGCAGGAGGAUUUCUGUAAAGUUAAAAGUCACAUACAGGAUCUGAAGUUGCUAACGAGCAGAAUAUUUGAAGCGGCUUUUGUUCUGUAUUUGUUUACGGAGUCUAUCCUCUACCUUCGCUCAUAUUUGACAUCUGUGAGAUUUGACAACAUCACAGGUGGGCUGUGGAGCAAAGCAGCUAGUAAAUGGAUCACUGUGAUUGAUGGUGAACUACUGAUGACAAUCUUUCUGAUAGUUCUGGACCACUUGUACUCCUUAUUGAAAUCAGGUGGUCCUUGGAUUUCCAACAUACCAUCUACCAAUGUCAGAAUCAUUGUCCACUUCAAGGUAAUUAAUUCCACCAGCUUUCUGACAACUGUGAUACAAAUGACGACAACGAAUGGCUAACACAGACUUUUUAACUUCAACAGAUCUUACACAGUAAAUCUGUGUCAUGUCCAGCCCAGUAAGCUGGAGGUCUAUGUAAAAUGCCUUCGAAAGAAAGUUGCAGCUUCUUUCUUCCAGCAGCAAGAAGAAAGAAGGAUUUAAUUUCUUAUUAAGAAAAUUCAAGAAAAGCAAAAAACAAGGCAAAUUCAGGGUUUAUUUAUAGAAACCAAACACAAGGAUGAAGAUACCAAGAAACAGAUUUCUGGCAUGACAAGGGGAAUAAACCGAUCAUAUAAGUGA